ACGCGUCACCGCCAGCCACCCUGCGUCAUAAAGCGUCCCGCCCCGUUCGCCCAUGCACCUCCCUCUCCCACCAAUCCUGCACGCACUGUAACGACCUUUUACGACCACUUUCCCUCCUCACCCCCUGUAUUUGCACGCACGCACGACGAUGGGCCUCUUCAAGUCGAGCACGUCGGGCAGCACGUCGGAGGACCCCGAGACGCGCCAGCUCGAGAAGAUGAUCGCGACGGAGGCGAAGAACGAGCAGAAGACCGUCGACCACGCGCUCAAGGACCUCUCCAAGCUCGAGAAGACACACGACAAGUCUCGCAAGGCGGCGGAUAAGGCGCAGCAUAUGUUGGACAAGGCGGUCAAGAACGAGAACGACACCGCGAAGGCGCUGAACCAGGCGGAGCACAAGCACGACGAUGCGAUCUCGUCCCAGCGGAACGCGUACAAGACGCUCGAGCUGAAGCGGCAGCAGGCGGGCCACCUUGAGCAGGACCUGCAGCAGCGCAAGGCCUCGGUCGACGAGGUCCAGCAGAAGAAGGCUGCUAGUGAUGCCGUCCGCGAGUCGAAGCUCGCCCAGAUCCAUCAGCACGCGGCUGACCGCGCAGGCAGCCGCGCGGGCUCCACCGACCUCUCUGCCGGCCCCGCACACGCUACGGACGGCGCCGCGCAGACAGCGGGCACGGGCACGACGGGCGUAGAUGCGGAUGGGACGGGCAUCACGGGUGGAAGCAGGGCGUAGGCGUGGAUGCGGCCUCCGAGUUCGAUGCGUUGCUUGGCUUCUGUACCGAUUUAGUAUACCAUAUGCUCCUGUAAUAUCAUUUCUUGUGUCUAAGCUUAUGACUGUGCUCGAUUC